GACAGCGGCCACUCUUCGGGACAACAACACGUCGCUGUGGCCCUUUAAACACACACAACGGUCGAAACGGUCGCUGUGCGAAUUUUUUUUUGUCGUGUUUUCCCUUACGGAGGAGGAUCGUUUUUGUCGGGAAUACCCACGUCGGCACCCAGGAGUCGGAUUUGAUGCCGGUUUUCGGGAAUCUGUGCGCGACUUCGCGGUCGUGACAGAGGGACUUAGACGGGCGAGGUGCGGCGGAGCUGUGGAUACACCGUGUUCCAUCGCACCGCCAUUACUCGGCUGCGCCUGAACUCACCCUCGUUUUCACCCAUUCUGCUUCUUAUUUUAUCUGUGAAAGCCUCCCACCGGUUGGACUUGGUUCGUGAUUUAUUUUAUUUUUUUUACACAUACCGGCUUUUUCAGCUCUAAUAUGUUGCUGUCAAAGUUUGGUUCUUUUUCGCACAUUUGCAACCCCGCGAGCAUGGACCACCUGCCAGUGAAGAUGCAGCGCCAGCCGGUUAAAGCAGAUAAGGAGCCCUUCGAAAAGGUCUACCAGGUGGGCUCGGUGCUGGGCAGCGGGGGAUUCGGAACAGUGUACGCCGGCAGCCGGAUCUCUGAUGGCGCACCGGUUGCUGUGAAGCAUGUUGCUAAAGAGCGGGUGACGGAGUGGGGCACAAUUAAUGGAGCAAUGGUGCCUCUUGAGAUCCUGCUGCUGAAGAAGGUCAGCUCGUCUUUUUGCGGAGUUAUCAAAUUGCUGGACUAUUAUGAGCGCGCUGACGGCUGGCUCCUAGUCAUGGAGAGGCCGGAGCUCGUCAAGGACCUGUUCGACUUCAUCACAGAGAAGGGGGCCCUGGAUGAGGACACUGCCCGGGGCUUUUUCCUCCAGGUUUUGGAGGCGGUGCGGCACUGCUACAGCUGCGGUGUGGUGCACAGAGACAUCAAGGAUGAAAACCUGCUAGUGGAUCUGCGCACUGGGGAGCUCAAGCUUAUUGAUUUUGGCUCAGGGGCGAUUCUCAAGGACACGGUCUACACUGAUUUUGAUG